AUGGGGCGCGACGUGGGCGGGGGGUUUGAUUUAUCGCGUUCCGAAUAUCAAGAGCGGCGCGCGCGUGAGAGCGUGCCACGCGACCGCGGCCAAUCGGGGCCCAUUCAAAAUUCGGCUGCGGCCGAUUGCCUUAUAAAGCGGCGGGUCCGAUCGGUGUGCGCGGUGACGUCACCGCUCACGUGGCCGUCGGCCGGCGCGUUAUCUGCUCUCGGCUGGGAGCGCAUUCCUCGCGGCACUCCACCCUAUUUCGUAUUUAUAGUCGGUCGCUUUAUCGUCCGACUGUUCGGUACGAUUCACACCGGGCGGCGCGUGUCGGCGCACAUCGGAGAUCGUGCGCGUGUCGCGACCUUUAACAUU